AUGGCAGAUGCCAUCGUGCAACAACAAUCGAUAUCGUUUGGAUUAGUAAAAAACAACAUACAAAAGAAUAGUCCUCAUCCACUACAAGAUUAUUCAAGUAGAAGUACAAGCAGUGAUUUAAUUAGUUCCAACAUGGAAUCCAUAUCCAUCAACCAAAAUAGCAGCAACAUGGACAGCGGCGACGACUUUUCAUCCUCGACCAGCGACACACACAGUAAUUCAUCGUAUUCGUCGUCGUCGGCCACAAGCACCUCCAACAAUAUAAACUUAAGCAGCGCAAGCAUCCAAUCCUCGCACCUCUCCAACUCGGUCGGCAGCUCCACCACGGCUCCCUCCUCUCCUUCACAACAACAACAUCGCCAGCCUUCGACCCCUCAUUCACCCGUACCUUCCUCCUCCUCCUCUUCCUCUAUUAUAUCGACUCCCAAGCCAUUCCCACUUCACGAAGCAGCGUUCAAGGGAGAGUACGACAAGCUCGUUUCACUUCUUUUAUUCACACAAGGUGGCAAAAACCAACCAACAGGAGGAUCGACAAUGUUGCAAGGAUCAGUUGGCGUUGCCAAUGGCGGUAGUUCCAAAUCGUCGUCAUUGGCCAACAGCCCCAUGUAUACGCCUGCAGGUGCCAGCGGAGCAUCGACGGCUGAAUACGUAGGUGUCAAUAGUUUGGACGAUAAAAAAACAACACCAUUGCACCACGCCGCCUUUAACGGUCACAAGCAAUGUGUCAAACUGCUACUUGCAUCGGGUGCCUAUCCCGAUGUCGCCGAUAUUGAUGGAUGCACACCACUUCACAACGCAGCAUUCAAUGGAUACAAAUCGGUGAUGGUCAUGCUCAUUGAUGCCGGUGCAGACUCGAAUUGCAUCGAUAUUGAUGGCAACUCUGCACUGCACAAGGCCACGUUUAGCGGGUUUCACAAGUGUGCCGAGUUGCUCCUCAACAAUGGUUCACAGGUCGAUGCUCGCGAUAGCUAUGGAAUCACUCCCCUACUCAAGGCUGCCUCCAACAAGCACCAGAAAUGUCUCAGUCUGUUGAUCGAGCGUGGAGCCGAUGUAAAUAGUCGCGACAAUGCCGAAUCGACGGCAUUGCAUCAGGCAUGUUACAAGGGUAGUGAUAAGGCAAUCAAUCUUCUCAUCCAAAAGGGUGCCAAUGUAAAUAGUAUCGACAAGGAAGGUUAUUCUCCGCUCCACAACGCUGUUUUUAAUGGAUUCGAAGAAUGCAGUAGGAUACUCCUCGAUAAAGGAGCUAUCAUUGAUCAACGUGCUCUAGAUGGAUGUACUCCACUUCAUUAUGCAUCUUCAAAUGGUUUUGAUCAAUGUGUUUCUUUAUUAAUUCGUCGUGGUUGUAAAUUAGAUAUAAUGGAUCUUAAAAGAGGAAGAACACCAUUACAUUAUGCAGCAAAUAAGGGACAUUUAGUUUGUGUAGAAUUAUUAAUUAAAGCAGGUGCUGAAACAAAUAUUAAAGAUAAUAAUGGAAAAUUACCAAAAAAUUUAACAAAAAAUCCAGAAAUUAUUACUUUAUUAUCUGUUGAAGAUAAAAAGAAAACAAAAAAAUCAAAAUCAAAAAAAGAAAAAGAAGAUACUAAUAAUAAUAAUAAUAAUAAUAAUAAUAAUAAUAAUAAUGAAAUUGAAGAAUUAAAAGUAGAAAAUAUUAAUAUAUCAGUUGUAGAGGUGGUUCCACAACAACCACAAUCACCAUCAACAAAUAAUAGUAAUAAUAAUCUAAACAGUAGUAAUAAUAUAACAAAUAAUAAUAAUCAACAACAAUCACCAAGUGUUGGAUCAACGGGUUCAAGGUCAGGAUCAACAGAUUCAAUGUCAGCUGGUGAAAAGGAAUCACCAGAGACAACACCAAAACUUGAUAUAUAUGGGUUUGUCAAGACCAGUUCAACAGUAGAAGCUGAAGUUAGAACUAAAAAGACAGACAAGUUGGAAAAGAAAUGGGCCAAGAUGUGUAAAAACUGGCCCAAGUUUUCCAAAUCGGCCAAGCUACGUGAACGUUUACCAAAGGGUAUCCCAAGUUCGGUACGUGGAUUUGUAUGGCAACGUUUGGUCAAUAUCCAAGAGAUCAAAAACAAAAACUCAAAUGUAACCUAUAAACAAUUGCUUGAAGCCCAACCAGUACCAGCCAUUGCCGCUCAAAUCCAACGUGACCUCAAUCGUACCUUUCCAAAGCACAGCUUCUUUGUCGAAAAGGGUGGAUUUGGUCAACAGAUUCUUUGUAACAUUUUAACAGCAUUUUCAAUUUAUAAUCCAGAGGUUGGAUAUUGUCAAGGCAUGGGUUUCAUCACUUGUCUACUUAUUAUUUACAUGGCCGAAGAAGACGCUUUCUGGGUGUUGGUACAAUUGGCUGAAAAAUAUGGCAUGGCUGGUAUGUGGAUGCCUGAAUUCCCAUAUCUCCAAACUUGUUUUGGUAUCUUUGAUACUCUAUUAGAAAAUUUAUUCCCACAAUUAUUUGCACAUAUUCAUAAACAAAAUGUAUUUACUCCAUUGUUUUCAUCACAAUGGUUUAUUUGUUUAUUAAUCUAUAAUUUACCUUUUCCAUUGAUCGUAAGAAUUUGGGAUCUUUUCUUGUACGAUGGUUUGAUUGUUGUUUUUGCAGCAGCCUUGUCAUUGUUUAAGAUGUAUGAAGACCAAAUCCUCAAAUCAGAGUUUGAGGAGAUUCUUUCCAUCCUCAAGUUUUCAGGCUCGGAAGACAAGGGACUCCGUCUUGAGGUGUCAACAUUUAUGAAAAUGGUGGUUCAUUACAAGCACAAAAUCAAACAUAUUGUAAAAGAAGGACUCAUCAAAGACCCAAACAACCAUAAUAGUACAACUGCUACCACGACUCCAAUUAGUAAUAAUAAUAACGAAAAACAUUAA